CUGACGACUAGUGAUGUUUCAUACGACGCCUGAGGGCCGAACUAUCCGAAAUAAGAACCCAAGUGGCGAGAAACUUUUUAUACUUAUCCCGUCCUAAAGGGACGUCAUACAGACGAGUUUUACCAUGGAUAUACCGAGAGAGAGUGGAUUUAUAAAUUCACACCCCUCGCUGGAGGAAUUCAUGAGUUGUCUACCUAUCAGUGCCGACUUUCUCAAGUCAUCAAUCACCGGUGAGACGGCUGAAGACGGGGGAACGUGGCCCCCUCUGCACCCUACAACUUGCCUGGAGCUGAACUCUGACCUCUCACCAACUCAGCCCGCCAACAUUGCAGACUUUCCCUGGGUGAAACUCAAAAAGUCCGUUCGAAUUGUACCAUCACCAGUCUCCAACACAGAAGAAGCGGAUUUCUUGACUUCACCAACCGACCAGGUAAAUAGUUCCCGUCGAUUGCGUACAGUCUUCACAAACACUCAACUUCUGGAGUUGGAGAAAGAGUUCCACUACAACAAAUACGUGUGCAAACCUCGCCGAAAGGAGAUCGCUUCUUACUUGGACUUGAACGAGAGACAAGUGAAAAUUUGGUUCCAGAACCGACGCAUGAGACAAAAGAGGAGGGACACGAAGGGACGGGGUGAGAUCGGGAGCGAUCCUGGGACUGCCGCUGAGCCGGCAGAUGGUGGCCGGGCGGAGGAGGGCUCCCCGGGCGGGGGUAGUGCAACCUGUCCCCGGCCCCAGGGGUGACCAGGCCCCGGUGGACUGGACGGUCAGCAAACCAUAUUGACGGAUUGACCACAACACUCUAGGAAAGAAGCAAACAUUUGCUGUAGCAUAAAUCUAGAGUCUUUUAUCGGUAAAACGAAUUUUUUUUUAAAGUCAGAAACAGGCCAGAGACUGCUGGAGUAGUGUAGAUAUAGUUGUAUGUUACAAUGAAUUUAAUGAACUGCAUAUGAUGGUUUACUUCGGAUAUAUCAUUCUUUCUUGUAAGUUCAACAUCAAGAAGGCAUACGAGUAUUAUCGCUACGUAUCCAUGGCUAAAUCAUAUCUUUCUUAUAUGCAAUGAAAGAUUGAAUAGUUGUGAUGUCUUAAAAUGUCAUCAUUUUCCGCAUAUCUUGAAGGUAAAUUCAGUAUGUAAGUUUUAACAACUCUUUAUAUUAAUCAUCAAAAGUGUGUAACAAUACUGUACCCAUUUUACCAUAUGCAAUGAGAUUUGUCUGCAGAUCUUGUGAAAGAUUGAAGGACGGGCCCUAUUUUUAAAACAAAUCCAUGAGCUUGGAAACAAGACCAAAUCAUAGCUGUUUAAAUGCAGUUUUGGGCACAAAGGACUAUUUCUUUUUGUCCCUCCUAAAUUGUCAUUAUCUUUCUUGCUUAUAUCGGGCCUUAAGAGAAUUACUUUAAACGUUCAUUCAUACUUUUUUUUUCCUUUAUUCAGUUGAGAUUCCUUUUUAUCCAGUUUCCACUGUGCCUCAUUAUAAAUACACCUGUCCAAACUA